AUGAUGUUGCAAAGAAUCGCUCGAUCUGCGAGGACCCCGUUCCAAUGCUACUUUAGAUUUAACUCAUCAACCACGUCAACCAAAUCUCCCACAGGUAUUGUUUUUAUGAACAUGGGUGGACCUUCGAAAAUAGAAGAAACUCAUGAUUUUUUACUCAGACUAUUUCAAGAUGGUGAUUUGAUACCUUUUGGAAUUUUUCAGAAACCUUUAGCUCAAUUCAUUGCAAAAAGACGUACUCCAAAAAUAGAGAAACAUUAUGAAGAAAUUGGUGGUGGGUCACCUAUUCGUAAGUGGUCAGAAUAUCAGUGUAAAAAGGUAUGUGAAAUAUUGGAUAAGACAAACCCUGAGACAGCACCACAUAAGCCAUAUGUAGCAUUCAGAUAUGCAAAACCAUUGACGGAAGAGACUUUAGAGGAAAUGAAAAGGGAUGGUGUUAAACGUGCAGUUGCUUUCUCGCAGUACCCACAAUUUUCAUAUUCGACUACGGGAUCAUCCAUCAAUGAGCUUUAUAGGCAAACGGUAAAGAACGAUCCAGAACGUACUAUUGAAUGGUCGAUCAUAGAUAGGUGGCCACAACAACCAGGAUUGGUAAAGGCAUUUGCAAAUAACAUUAAGGAAAAAUUGGCAGAAUUUCCGCCAGAGAUUAGAGACGAGGUUGUCAUUCUUUUCUCGGCCCACUCUUUGCCAAUGGAGAUUGUCAAUUUGGGUGAUUCAUACCCUGCAGAAGUUGCAGCCACUGUGUACAAGGUUAUGGAGUCUUUGAACUUUUCCAACCCAUACCGUUUGGUUUGGCAGUCACAGGUAGGUCCAAAACCUUGGUUGGGGGGGCAAACUGCUAAAAUAAUUGACAAAUUGGAGAAAAGAGAUGAUAUAAAAGGUAUUAUUUUGGUGCCAAUUGCUUUCACUUCAGACCAUAUCGAAACCCUUCACGAGUUGGAUAUAGAGAUAAUGGAAGAUGCUGAGAACCCAGAAAAGAUCAGAAGGGCUGAAUCUAUGAAUGGUAACGAAGUUUUUAUUGAAGGUUUGGCUGAUCUUGUGAAAGAGCAUUUGAAGAGUGGAAGAAAGUAUUCGAAGCAAUUGGAGUUGGAUUGCAUGUUAGGAGGUGAAAAGGCAUCUGGCACUUUCAAACACCCAAGUGAGUUAUUUGGUAGAAAUACAUUGUAA